AUUGAUGACGCUCCGUCUAGUGAAGGAGGAGUGGGGGCGGAGUGAUAUGACUGAGUUUUUUUUGUUAAGGAAGAUGGCGGAUGAGAAGCAGACUGACGAAAAUGUUUUGAAUGACGGAGGACCCGAAGAGAAGGGAGGCAAAGGUGUGAAAGCUAAGACUGUCUCUUCCAGCAAUGGAGGGGGGAGCGCAGGCCGGAACGCGGACAAGCGGUCUGCCAAAGAGGCAGCCGGGGACUCCAACUCACAGCCGGCACCGGCCAAAGUCUCUAAAAUAGCAUUCCCAUCAGGCAGUCAGCUGAUCAAGAAGCCAGCCCCUAUCUCUAUCAAACUGGGAGCCAGUAAACCAAAAGAGGCAGCUCCAGUUCUGCCUGUGAAGAUACCUGCAGUAGCAGCAGUUUUCAACGAGGAUGAAGAUAGUGAACCGGAAGAGAUGCCACCAGAAGCAAAAAUGAGGAUGAAAAACAUCGGCAGGGAUACACCUACGUCGGCAGGACCCAACUCAUUUAACAAGGGCAAGCAUGGCUUUUCUGAUCACCAAAAACUCUGGGAAAGGAAGCAAAAGAAACAGCUAGACAGGACUCCAGAUAAAUAAAUUACAUAUUGUGAACUUUUUUGUGUGGUUGGGUUUGAGAGGUGUGGGGGGAGAGGGUUUUUUUAGUUUUGAGUUAUCACAUUAAAACAAAUGUAAAUAUAAAAAAAAGAAUAAACCAACUAUAAUAUCCUGUCCUUAAAUUAUUUUGGUUAAGUCUUCUUUAAUGGUCUGUAUCAUUUUUUCUUAUAGAGUAGUAUAAUACUAAGUAUAAUACACUAGCAUAAUACUAUAUAAUAAAUUUGUACCAUGAUAAUUGAUUGACUAAAAACAAUACAUGAACAUUUGGGGACUAAAAAUAUUACCAAUAAGUUUCUGUGAAAAAACUGUCUAAUUCUGUAGCAAUUAUUUCAUUGCUGGAUUCCAUUUCAGGUGGAAAAACUGUUUUACAGUAUUUGUCACUGCUUUAUGUCAACAAAUUUUAACCACUUGACUGAAUUUUAAUUAUGAGACAUUGUAUUUUGUGUAAUUGCAUUGAAUACAAUUCUGGAACCAGGCAGUUUUUUUUUGUUGUUUUUUAAGAAUGAUAGUAAAGCUAAACAUAACUUACUGAAAAUGCCAACAAAGUACUGUAUUACAGCUUUGCAGUGGUUAGUUUGUUUUCACUAAAGCCUUACCUUGUUCAGUAGCUGAUAGGUUGAUUACCUUUCUUAUACAUUCUUAAGGAAAACCUUUUUUUCCCUUUCAAGGCAACUCCUCUCAUACUGUAUAGCAACCCACAAUCUUAAAAUGAGUUCUGUAAGAUAAUGCUUUCAUUGAAGUGAAAGUUAUUACCUGGUGUGAUAGUGUGCAGUUCUGCUUUCUACAAUCAUUUUAAGGGUUCAGCAGUCAAGAACUACACUAGCCUUCACUGUCCAACGUUUUUAAUGUGAUACUGUGGUGUAUUUCUGCCUACACAUUGCUCAUGCUGUACACCAUUCUUGCAGCAAUUGCAAAUAUCUGAUUUAAUGUAAUUGAGAAACAAAAUAUGUAAUGUGACAAUGUAGUGUGUUUUUAAAAAUGUUAAGUUAGACCACAUAGAUUAUUACAGUUUUUAAUUAAGUCUUUAUUUAACAUGAGACCCUGAGAUUUCUAGUUAUCACACAAAGGUUACUCUGACGUAAAACUACCAAACGUGUGAGCAGGUACAAUAUUGUGCUGGUAAUGAAGGUCUUUCUUUAACGUCACUGAUUGGGUAUUAUAUGUAGCAUUUUGUUUCUGUUAAAUAGGUAAGACAGGAUAUGUAAACUUAAUGUAAAGAAAAUGUACUGUGUGCUGUACUUUUUUUUUUAAUGCUUCAAGUGUGUACUCAUCCCCUUUUGUUUUUCAGACUGCUCAAAUGAGUGUUGGUUAAAUAAACUGUUUAGGAUAAA